AUGUAUAGGGCAACAUCACGGUGUCUUAUUGUUUCUAUAAUACUUAUUUUAAGCGUUUUAACAGAUUCUUCGGCAUCAAAUCUACGAUGGAAUAUACAAAAACAAAACCGUACAUCAACGAAUUCGAAUGAUAAUAUCUUUCAUUAUCAAUCGACUUUUUCGACGUCGUUACAGAAUUCGACUAUCGUCGCUCAAUAUCCGAUAACAAAACCUAAUUCUUAUCUUUAUAAUCCGGACGAAGAUGAGGACAUUCUAUCAGGACGAAUGAAACGAGAUGCAACUCCAUUUGUUUGUAAAACUGAUGGUUAUUUUCCUGAUCGACAAAAUUGUCGAAUCUAUCACAUAUGUACAUCAGGUGUUGAUACAGCUUCUGUUUGUGGUGAAGGUACAGCAUGGGAUCCGGUCAAGAAAAAUUGUAAUUGGGAAAAUACUGUUGAAUGUAAAAAAGGUCUUCGUAAAUGGGAUCAAAUCACAGAUAUUCGAGGCGUAACUCUUUUUGCUACUGAUCCGGCAAAUGCUUGGCGAAUGAAAAAAAAAACAACAACAACUCGUCAACCAAUUAAAGUUGAUUCUAAUUUUACGUGUGAAUAUGAUGCUGAAGGAUAUUUUCCGGAUACAAAAUAUUGUCAUAUCUAUCAUUUUUGUGGUAUUGGUGCACAUACAGUACUGCAAUGUUCGAAUAAUCUUUGGUUUUCAACAGAAACACAAGGAUGUGAAUGGCCAGAGAAAUCAGAUUGCAAAGCCGCUUCUUUACCACCAUCAUCAACUACAGCAACCAAUACCCUUGAUGGUGAUGGAAAUCCUAUAACAACUCCUCGACAUUCUCCACCAAAUACUGUCUAUUUGCCUAUUGAAUGUCCAAAGAACGUUCAAGGACAUUUUCCUGAUCCAUAUGAUUGCUCAGUAUUUCAUUAUUGCAAUGGUGGUAUUGAUAGACCUUCGUAUUGUGAUGCUGGUCUUUUCUGGAAUAAAAAACACGGUUGUCAAUGGCCUAAAGAUGUUCCUGAGUGCAUAACACAUAAAUGUCCAGCUAAUGGACAACGCUUACGUUUUGUAGCUACUCAUAGUUGUUGUCAUUAUCAAGAAUGUAUCAAUGGUCAUUUGAAAGAACAAGUUUGUCCACUACAUAAGCUUUAUUCGGUUGAAACGAAAAGUUGUGAAAAUUUUCAAGUGGUUGCUUGUGGCUCAAGAAAAAAUUGUAUCGAUCCAUGUGAUUAUGAUAACUCUCCAUUAUGUCCAUUUAAACCUGUUUGCCGAGAUAGACCGAAUGGUAACUAUGUAGACGAAUAUCGGCCCAAUUGUCAAUUUCAUUAUACAUGUCUUGAAAGUCGUACAUUCAAUUAUACAGCAUGUGAACAUGGUUAUCGUUAUUCUGUUCCACAUCAAAAAUGUUUACUUGCUAAGCAAGUCAAAUGUUUAGGAAUUCGUUUGCACGAUUCAAUAUUAUUCAAAUUUUUUCUUUUUUGCUGGUUUUUCUUUUCCGAAUUCUAUUAG